GGGUGAUGGAUGAAUUUAAUACCUGAGAUAAGUGUACGGGUUUUUAUACGCGCAGUCUGGAAACUUUCCGAUCGCACCUCGUAUGUCAUGUAAAAUGUUUUGACUAGUGACACCUACAAUGGUCAAAUAUGAAUUGCAUGAAUUUUAAAUCUGUUACAGUGACAUAGAACAAACUGCUCACAGGUUUUAAUUAUUUUAAAUGUAGUCUGAUUUCCGCUAUGACCUGUAUAAUUUUAAUCCAAGUUCAUUGGGAAAUAUAUUAAAAGUAAAUUACUUUCAUGCGUAAGUCAAUGCUGUCACAAUGACUUAUCAAAAAUAAAGCAACUUGAAGAUGACUACACAUUAGUGAAAAUGUGUAAUGUGCCAUGUAUGGUGUGAGUAUUGACAGUUACAUAAAUUAAAUGCAGAGUAUCUUGAUUUGUCCUGUAUUAAUUACUUAUUCAUGCACAAACACAGUUCAUGCCCUUCCUGUAGAUUUGGUCAAUAAUUUAUGACUUACCUCUAUACAAAUUAGUGGAUUCUUCAACAAGUAACAAACAACACUCAGUGCUCUGCGAGACAGGGUAGUAUUAGAAAAGUAUUCGAGUAAAGAAAAACGAAAGCACGUUAAAUCUACAUUUGAAGCUAUUACGUCUUGUUUCAUAACACAUUGCACAGCAUACAACAGGUAUUAUUGGAAGAAUAUAAUAAAGAGCAACAACUAUGGAUAAGAAAAGCAAAGCUCCAUGUAAAAGCAACAUCCUGGAAACAUUUCGCGGUGCUCGGGUCCUUGUCACUGGAGGAACAGGAUUCGUGGGUCAGGUGCUAAUAGAGAAACUGCUCCGCACAUGCGAAAUAGACAAACUCUAUAUAAUCGCCAGACCCAAGAACGGAAUGACAGAAAAGGAACGUCUUGAGAAAAUAUUUGAUGAUCAUCUGUAUAGACGAGUGAAGCAUGAACAACCAAACUGCAUGAGUAAAGUAGUCCUGGUCAAAGGUGACUGUGAACAACGAGAACUUGGACUGAGCAGAGAUGACCAUGCUGUUUUGGUCGAAGAGGUCAACAUAAUAUUCCACUCUGCAGCCACAGUUCGGUUUGAUGCCAAACUCUCUACAGCUUUUGCCAUAAACGUUCUAGGAACUAAGUACUUACUGGAUAUGGCCAGAGAAAUGCCACAUCUGAAGGCAUUUGUACAUAUUUCUACAGCAUAUUCAAACUGUGUAAUAAAAGAGAUUCACGAGCAGUUCUACUUGCCAGCUCUGAGGUGGACAGAGGUAGCACAGCUGAUAGAAUCACUGGAUCAAGAGACAAUUGAAACUAUUACACCAAUUGUGCUAGGUGACUACCCAAAUACAUAUUCAUUUACAAAGUCUGUAACAGAGGAUCUGAUCAGAGAGGAAAGCAGAGGUCUUCCAGUAGGCAUAUUACGGCCUUCUAUUGUUGUUAGUACUGCAAGUGAACCUGUAGUGAGCUGGAUCAACAAUUUGUAUGGUGCAGUAGGAGUAGUGACGGGAGCAGCAUUGGGCCUUCUCAAGACCAUGUAUUGUGACAGUGAUAUGCCAGCAGACAUUGUUCCAGUUGACAUGGUCAUCAACAAUGCAAUAGCUAUUGCUUGGGAUCUAGCAGAGCACACGUCUGAAAACAAACUUCCUAAUACUGACAUCAAAACAAGUAAGAAUGAAGACAAAAUCCCUAUAUUCAAUUAUGUAUCAUCAAUACAGAAUUCCAUCACAUGGGGAGAGUUCAUGAGACUCAAUGAGGUUGCAAUUAUCUAUCCAUCUUUUAAAUGCAUAUGGUACUAUUGCUUCCAACUCAACAAGCACAGGUUCAUUCAUAACAUAUACAUUAUAUUUCUGCACCUGUUGCCAGCAAUAUUCAUAGACACUGGAGCCAAGAUCAUUGGCAAACAACCAAUCAUGUGGAAGGCAUACCAGAAAAUUCACAGGUUCACAGAUGUUAUUGCAUACUACAGCACUCAAAGGUGGAUCUUCCAUAAUGACAAUGUCCAGAAUCUCUGGAGAAAGAUGAGUCCUCAAGAUAAGGUUAUGUUUAAAUUUGACAUUACUUUACUAGACUGGGAAGUGUACCUUUUCAGCAUGAUUAGGGGACUAAGGCUUUACAUCCUUCAAGAAAAUUUUGAACAUCUUAAAGAGUCAUCAGUGCGAUACAAGAGACUGAAAUAUCUGCAUUACACAAUAGUAUAUUCAUUUAGACUGCUUCUGCUGUAUGCAGCUUACCAGAUAGCACUUCACUGCUGGAUCGCCUACAAGGAUGUUUUAUUGGAAGUACUAUAAGAGAAACUCGGUAUUCCCAAGAAAGUCACAUGAACUGCCUCAUACACUAUAUAGUUACAUAAAAAUUGCAUGUGAACAUCAGCAAUCUACUUACAUAUCUUUAUUCUAGGUGUUUUCUUGGUAAGAAAGUCUAUUAUGAAGCAUUAGCUCAGUUUGCCACUGAAUACUAGCAUUCUAUUUUACCUACUAAAAACUGGGAACAACAUUAUCAAAAUUCUUCUUUUUACAGACUUACACACCUGACACUAGUAUUUUUAUUUUCAAUACUUACACACAAUAAGGUUAAAAAGUUAGAUACAUUAUUCUUACACCUUUAUUUGAAUUCCUUACUCUGAAGGAAAGGAUAAAUCAUCACAAACUUUCAGUUUUAUUCGACUAGAGCUGUGCUCACUUUGCUCACCAACCCCACUGAACAACGCCCAUUCUUCCCUCCUAUUCCACUCAUUCCAUUUACUUUCCUGCAUUCCUUACCUCCACAUUUUAUGAAUUUAAGAGCAACAAACAAGGGAAAUUAACAGAAAUUAUGAAUAGUUUGUCCUUUUUCAGCUUUGAAAACCAAUGCACCACAUGUUCACACACUUCACAUGGUACUCCUAUCUACAUCUCAGUUUCAACAGAUUUAUUUUCUCCAGCAGGUCCAAUAAUUUGUUCCCAUCAGUGAGUAGCUAUCUCAGCUUAAUUCAUAUAAGACACAAGUCAAGAAGUGCAUACUUGUAAAUCUUGCCUAUUUUUCUUUUUAUUCACAAAAGAAACUGGAGCAAACAAUCUAAUAUAUGUAUUUUCCAAUUUAGCACCCAGAGCCAUGUAUGUGUUUUGAAUGUUGCCUCCUUUCUUGUCUGCACAUUCACUUGUUUAUUUUAAAGUGAUUGUUGAGAGAACAGCAUAAUUUGGAAGACACGGCCAUGACAUUCAUUUAAUACACACUACAGACUAAGCAAUAACUGCAAUUUAUAGCCUACAAUAUAUGUUGACAUGUCUCUUACCUUGUUCAUUUUAAAGGAAAAGCAGAUAUAAAAGAUAAUGUCAAUUAUCUUACUUAACUUCAAUUUAUACCUAUAUAAAUCAUGUAUUAAUAAUAUCUCAUUUAAAUAAUAUAAACCUGUGACAAAAUAAUACAAUGCAAGUUACCUUGCAGUGGUGUACUGGAUUAAUAUGAAAGAGGUCAUGUAACUGAAUUCUGACAGAGUAAAAAUUGUUUUGUUUCAUGUACCUGUCAUAUUAUUGUUUUACAAUGUAUAAAGAAUUACUGUGA